UAUAUGGGUUUUCUCAACUUUUUUUUUAUUAUUAUCUUAUUUUGUACACUUUUAGAGUUAAAAUAUUCGUCUAAUAUUUUUCAGUGAAAAAUGGUGAAGCUCUAUGCAAUUGAAUUGUUUCACAAAUCAACAAAAGUUACUCCAUUAAAAAGCGCCCAAGAUUUGCAAUCUUUCAGUUAUUUUCAACGUUCUACUGUUCGUGAGUUUAUGGACUUUACUGGAAAAAUAAUUGUAGAAAGAACAGCAAAUGGUGUAAGAGCAUCUAUAAAAGAACAAGACUAUCUGUGCCAUGUUUAUGUGUCCAAUGAUGGAGUUAGCGGUGUUGCAAUAGCAGAUAAAGAUUAUCCACAACGCGUGGCUUUUAACAUGCUUAAUAAAAUAAUUAAUGAGUUCAUGGAGUGUGUGAAACCACCAUAUACUCAAGACAAUCCAAGUGUCAUUAAUUUUAAUCUAUGUGAAACUUAUCUUCAAAAGUAUCAGAACCCCACUGAUGCAGAUCCAAUGAUGAAAGUACAAGCAGAACUAGACGAAACUAAAAUCAUUAUGUAUAAUACAAUUGAGCAAGUUCUUCAACGUGGGGAAAAACUUGAUGAUUUAGUUGCAAAAUCAGAAGGGCUUAGUACUACUUCCCAGGCUUUUUAUAAGACGGUAAAAAAAGACAAACGCUUGUUGUAGUUGGUAAAGCUCUUUUUCAUUUGACGAUAGCUAUUCUACAAUGGUGAUGCACUGUAUUAUGUUUGAUAGGAAUAUAUUUAUAUAAUUAUUUA